AUGCCCAAGAAAAGGGCUGAAGGGGACGCUAAAGGAGAUAAAGCCAAGGUGAAGGACGAACCACAGAGAAGAUCCAUGAGGCUGUCUCCUAAACCUGCUCCUCCAAAGCCAGAGCCCAAGACUAAAAAGGCACCUGCAAAGAAGGGAGAGAAGGUACCCAAAGGGGAAAAGGGAAAAGCUGAUGCUGGCAAGGAAGGGAAUAACCCUGCAGAAAAUGGAGAUGCCAAAACAGACCAGGCACAGAAAGCUGAAGGUGCUGGAGAUGCCAAGUGAAGUGUGUGCAUUUUUGAUAACUGUGUACUUCUGGUGACUGUACAGUUUGAAAUACUAUUUUUAUCAAGUUUUAUAAAAAUGCAGAAUUCAGUUUUAAUUUUUUUAAGGCUUUGUUGUCAGCACACAGAACACAUCAUUGUUUUUUUUUUUUUGCGAGAAGGAACAUAA